AACAUAUCAAACCAUGGAAUCCCAGCUUUUAGAGCACCAAGAACAGCCACAAUAAAACAAUAAAACCUAAAAACUUUUCUGUCUGAAACCCUCUUUCCAUGGAUACUCUCUCAUCAUCGGUUUCAAGCCUUAAAGUUACUCCUUUCCCAUCUUCGCCAACCAUAACAAAUCACGAUUUCUUUCCCUUCAAAGCAACCCCUUCACGACCACAACAACCCCAUCAUGUUUUCUCCACUUCCGCACCCACUUCUCUCCCCAAAACCAAAUCUUUCUCCCACAAAUCUUCCCCUUCACUGGUGAGAUUCUCAAGCUCCGUAUGCAACUCAAAUCCCGCUACUGGGUAUGCAGCAGCUCUCGUGGACGUCGCCCACAAUACCCAUUCCUUUCACUCUGUUCACAGGGAUGUUGAGAGAUUAUUGAAACUGCUGCAAAGUGUGAAGUUUGAGUCACCCGCGGUUGACUUUCAGAGAAGAAAAGAUAUGUGGCAUCCACUGUUGGCAUCAUACAUGGAUUCGCCGUUUGCCACGUGA